AGCAAUGAAAUUUCGCAAACCUCAUUGGCCUCCAGUGAUUUCUUCGGAGGAAAGCGAAAAGAGGAGACUGUUCCGGGAAAGACUGGAGAGAAAGGCUUCCCUCCAAGCCACCCCAUCCACUAGACAGUCUAGGAAAGGUCUGCGGAGAGAGUCUUCUCUGCAAGCCACCCCAUCCACUAGACAGUCUAGGAAAGGUCUGCGGAGAGAGUCUUCUCUGCAAGCCAACCCAUUCACCGGUCCGCAGUGGCCUCCAGUGAUUUCUUCGGAGGAAAGUGAAAGGAGGAGACGGUUCCGUAGAAGAUUGGAGAGAAGGUCUUCUCUCCAAGCCACCCCAUCCACCAGUCAACAGUGGCCUCCAGUGCUAAAAAAUGUCAGAGUAUCAGUUCCUACAUGCGCAUCGCUGGCUGUGCUCCCUCCUCCAUCGGCUGUAUCUGCUGCAGCCCUUAAAAGGGUACCAAGGGCCACAGCCUGGAGACGGAAAAAGAGGGCCGAAGAGGACAAAAAAGCUCUUAAGCAACAAAAAGGCAUUGCACGGAGAGCAGAUCCAAAAGGAUAUCCGUGCAGAUUGUGUGGACAGCCAAAGAGACUGGAGUUUGGACACAGUUUCUUUAGGGGGAAAAGUUUCUGUGCCACUGCAGCUGGUAGGACUGUAUCGCAAUGGCUUUCUGAGCAGAGGAGGGUUGCAGCUGCAGACAACUAUGACAACGUGCCUCGGACAACUGCUUGGAGGAAGAAAAAGAAAGAGGAAGAAAUUGCACAGGGCCUGCCUCAGAAAAGGCCAAAGAAAUGUAAACCGCUGACUUGCUCUCUUUGUCAGCAGCCCAAAACCAAGGACUAUGGUCACUCACACUACGGUGGAAAAUCAUUUUGUAGCAGUUACGAGGGCAAGACUGUGGAACUUUGGCUGGCAGAGCAGCGGUCUCUUGCUCCCCCGUAA